GUGGGAUUUCAAAACUGCACUCAUCAUGCUCCUUUGCAUUGACUAUCUCAUUUUAGUUAGCCGCAGCGCACAUCACACAACCUCUAAAUACUGGCCUAUCAGAGUUGCCAAGACAGAAGAACUAGCUGAACCAAAUACUAAUAAGAAUGCGCUGCUCUGUCCUUUUGUUUACUCUCUUUUUGGGUAACACCUUUGCGGCUCUCACAGAGAAGCAUGGGGAAGGAGAGUUAAGAGAACAGGAAAUUAACACUGUUAUGGUAGAUGAUUUUGAUUCACCAGUUACCAGUUGGGUGUAUACCCCAUGCGUCUUUGGAUUAGGGCCCAUGGGAACGGGUGAUAUGGGCAACUUGUGGGGAGAACAUCAAGGCCAACGAUAUGGCAAACGAAUCGACAAUGAGAAUGGUCACAUCACCACUGGAGGUCUCAAACUUCAAUUCCAUUCCAAAAGCAAAGGCUGCGCCAAUGCUGGUUUUGAACUGGAAUUCGAACUGGAUCGUACCAUUGUGGGUGCCAGAAUCAAGUUUGACUAUCAUGUCCAUUGGACAGACGAAAGAUUCAAUGUAGCUCCAGUGGAAGCGGCCUCUGAUGCUGCUCCUGAUAAUCCAAAUGCAAAUAAUGAAGAUGAAGCAGCUGGUGGGAAUGCGGAUAUUCUUCACAAUGUCAUGAAUGACAAGGGCAUCAUCUACUUUCAACGAGAUGACGAACCUGGAGUAGCCGUGGAUGAAUUCAGUGCUCCUCAUAUCUACGAACCUCGUUGGAAGCACGCAUCGAUUGAUCCUGGAAUUUUGGUGGCCCAUACGCCUGUUCGAAUGAGCAUUGGGGGGUUCCUCAAUGCAGAGAAUAGCAAUGGGGCCUUGUGGCAGAUUCGACUUGACAAUUUCCGAAUUGUGGAGGUCGACUUUUGGGGAUAGCUAGCCAGUCUAGACUAAUGGUAGAGGAAUUGUACAUAUAGCUAUCGGAUUGCUACGAACAAGCCAUUUGUCAAGAAACAAUUUUUCUCAGUGGGCAGACAACAUGGCUGGGCACAGCAAUGGUCAACAGCACAUACUGCCAGAGGAAUUCUUGGUGCCACCACAGUCCUCAGCACAACCACACAAUCAUAGGUGAACUACUAGCCUCCCUGAACCACCAGCUGUCUCCCGUACGGUACUACUAGCUAGUAGCAAGCAACGAACACAACAGUAGUCGCUGCUGCAGAUAUGCAUACUGGUAGCACUACCGGUACCAGGCAAAGCAACCGAAACAGCCCAAUAGGCAGCACGAGAAAGAAGCGCAAGAAGAACAGAAGAGAUCAUCGAAAGGAUGAUAAUCUCCAGAGCGACAGUCAGAGCAUGAAGCUCCCAUGGUGAGCUCCUAUCCAGGAACAGUAGUCAAACCUCAGCCCGACUGCUGCCUUUGCAAAUGGGAGUCGAGUUGAGUGCGAGUCUUCGUUCGCCUGCAAAGCAAGGGUAAGUGGUCAAAGAGCUGCUGGUAAGCAUGGAGGCACCCAGGUACAUGCUGGUCGUGGACUUGUGGUCCUGUAAUCUUUUAUCCUGCGGUAAAAGCCUGGAAGGAUGUUUAUGUGCAUAGAACUAGCUGGAAAUAAAUGCAUGCAUGCACCGGUAGUCCUAGAAUCCUUAAUGCUGUAGUCGUUGUUGUACUAGCU